AUGGCCCUGCCUUUACCACUGCCAGCUUGGCAGCAAAGAGAGCUUGUUCGUGAGAGGGAAACCUUUAGAUAUGAUCCCUCCUUGAUAGCAAAGUCUAUCCUCAACUCUCCAGAUCACCUGAUACCGUCUCCCAAUCUCACCACUUCACCUGAUGCCACCUUGACUUCAUUUUGUCAACUCGCAGCCCUACGUCUCAACGCCUCACGAUCUCUAGUAUCACUCUUUGAUCGCUCUAGCCAGUAUGUCGUCGCGGAAGCUACACAAUCUGGCCGUCUUGUUCCAAACUCCCUCUCCGCAAGCCCUGACCAAGGCUUAUGGCUCUGCGGGACACACUUUACUCGCUCAUUUGGAGUUUGCGAACGGGUCAUACAGGAAUCCGCCAAGGUCUUGCCAUCCAACCCUCAGAUUACAGUAAUCAACGACCUUGCUGAAGAUGAGAUAUUAUGCCUACGGCCUUACUGCCACGCUUGGCCCAAUAAUCGCUUCUACGCCGGCAUCCCGUUGACAACUCCCAGAGGGAUUGUCAUUGGAGUCCUUUGCGUUUUCGAUUCGCAGCCGCGAUCAGGCUUGGACAGUACAUCGAAAACCAUCCUGCAAGACCUAUCUCAAUGUAUCAUGUCACAUCUUGAAGACCGUCGCGUCAGCGAGCGAUAUCGUCAAGCAGAUCGUGUGACCCGCGGCAUCCGACGCUUCUUCCACGGGCGCACCACCAAGACAGAUCUUCAACGCGAUCGCCUGCUUGCAGCUGAACCGAGACUUCGAACUCCAGGAGCAGACUUUAGCCCACAGUUCAACCACUCCACUGACACCAGACAUGGGGAUGAUCGAUUGUCGAGCACAUGUGCCAGUGCAGCUCAUAUCAUGCGCGAUGCCCUCGAAGUUGAUGGACUUGUACUUUUGGAUGCCUCGAACUCACAUCGAAGCCCUGGAGCAGAGGUGAAAGGUCCCAUUGGCGCACCGAAAGAUGCCCGGCUUGCGGCUGAUGACCUAUGCCCCGUCCUCGGCUCGUCUGUCACAGCCGAGUUCAAGCAAGAAGCAACUUCCUACUUCGGGCAUUCGACCCUACACACCUCAAUUUUGCGACGAUUACUUCACUAUUGCCCACGUGGGACGAUAUGGACAUUCGACGGUUCCGACGGCGACACCAGUGAUGAACCAAGUGAUGAAAUCUCCUCAGACGUUUCUGAAAAUGACGAUAUUGCAGAAGAGUCAGAUGAAACAUCACCUGUCAACCCAGACGAUACAAUAAAGCAUCAUACAAAACGACAACAGCUGAGAAAGGACAUAAAGACCCUUCUGCCUGGUGCAAAAAGCGUAGCAUUCUUCCCCAUUUGGAAUGCUCAAAAACGACGCUGGUUUGCUGGUGGUUUCGCCUACACCAACAACACGAGCCGGGUUUUCUCUCACAAGCGGGAGCUAAGCUACCUGCGAGCUCUCGGGACAGUCCUCAUGGCUGAAGUGUCGUUCAUCAAGGAGCGGGAGGUGGAACAUUCCAAAUUGGAUGUUCUGGACUCCAUCUCCCACGAACUACGCUCCCCGCUGCAUGGUAUUUUCUUCGGUACCGGGGUGCUGCGUUCUGGCAAGCUGAAUUCGUCCCAAAACGAUGCUUUGUUAUCUGUUGAGGCUUGCAGUCAGACUUUGCUAGACACUAUCGAUCAGAUUCUCGACUGGAGCAAGAUCAACCAUUUCUCAACGUCGCUUGAGAAGGGCUCUGGAUACACUCACACAGACGUGGACAGUCGUGUGCUUCGUUCUUCUCGGACCAACAGUAUGGAGGCUGGUAUGAUGAGCAUUGCAUCUGACGUUAACCUCCCACAGUUGAUUGAGGAUGUCAUAGAGAGUGUGCACGUGGGACACGAGUUUCAGAAACACACAUUAGGAACGCCCGGUGGCAGUGUCAAAUUGGUCGCCCACUUCGAACCCAACCCCAGAUGGGGAUUUCACGUACAGCCUGGCGCAAUUCGACGCAUCGUGAUGAACAUCUUGGGGAACUCGCUGCGGUUUACGUCCAGUGGCGCCAUCCACAUCCGAGUCGGACAAUCAGAAACGGAUGAUGUUUCGGUGCGUCUUGUGACACUCACCAUCAGUGACACAGGCUGCGGUAUGAGUAGCGAGUUUCUCGCCAACGAUCUCUUCAGUCCGUUUACUCAGCAAAACAUGAUGGAUGCCGGCACCGGAUUGGGUUUGAGUAUAGUCCGACGCAUCACGCAGAAUCUUGGCGGGAACGUCGAGGUUCAGAGUUUAGUCUCUGUUGGCACUACUGUGCGCGUCACUCUGCCUCUUCAGCUAACUGAUAAGAUGGCCGAGGGAACCGACGCAGCCUUGCAGCAAGAUUUGAACAAAGGUCUUGAGGGACUAAGGGUCUCUGUUGUAGGGCUACAGGAAUCAAAAGCUGAGAACACCACCAUUCUUGGAUGGGAUUCAUUGAUGAGCGAGAAGGAUUGCAUUUUAGCUAUCUGUCGAGACUGGUUGGGCUCACAUAUUGUCGAGAUGCCAGAUAUCCAGCACCAACAUCCUCACGUCGUGCUUUGUGAUGAGCACUCUGUGGACAGAACGAAGCUGCUUAUACAAGGAAAUAACUCGACGUCGCUCAUAGUCAUCUGCGAUGAUCCUGUUGUUGCUCGAAAGCUUGAGAUGGAAAAGGCCAACGACGGAAGCCCAGGCGGUGACCGCGUAGUCCUUUUCACACACCGACCAGUCGGACCUCGAAAGCUACAGAGGCUUGUGUUCCGUUUGGAGCAAGGCCAGAAAACACCAAGGCCGAAGUUGAUUGAUUCGAUAACCCCGAUUGGUAUCAAUUUCCCUGCAGAUGGAGCAUUGAAAGUACGGUUAGAUCCACCAACGCCGCCAGAUGCUGAGUGUGAGAGGCGAGAUAGCCCCAGGCUGCAUCUUCCGACAACUUCAGAAUGGUGCCCGUCUCAACAAUCUCCUCGUUCACCUCUCACAACCCCACCAGAGAAGUCGAAUCCUAUCUACAGCCCAGAAUCAGCCGGGAAAACAUUCCUACUCGUCGACGACAAUCCCAUCAACCUCAAAAUGCUCGUCAUGUUUAUGAAAAAGUUGAAACUGCAGUACAGCACAGCCUCCAACGGCCAAGAGGCUGUGGCCAAGUACAAAGAGAACCCAGCGAGCUAUAAAUGCGUAUUUAUGGAUAUAUCCAUGCCCGUGAUGAACGGGUUUGAAGCUACGCGCCAUAUACGCACGUUUGAGGCUGAGUGUGCGAUUCCAAAGUGCAGUAUUUUUGCACUUACUGGUUUGGCAUCGCGCGAUGCUCAGCAGGAGGCGGUGUUAAGUGGUAUUGACUUGUUCUUGACGAAACCUAUUGCGUUGGCGGAGAUGAAGCAUCUACUGGAGUCCAAGGAGUUGAUUUGA